AUGUCUAAUGAAUACGUUACUUUAGUAUCAUCAGAUAACUUUAAAUAUGUUGUUGAUAAAGAAGUUGCUUCGAUUUCAACAGUUUUAAAGAAUUCACAAGGUUUUGAAGAAGGUAAAACUGGUAGAAUUAAUCUAGAUAUGGAUGGUGAUAUAUUAGAAUGUAUUGUUGAAUAUUUAUAUUAUCAUUAUAAGUAUAAAGAUCAAGCUGAAAGUGGUGAUGUACCUGAAUUUAAUAUACCAACUCAUUUAGCAUUGGAAUUGUUAGUCAAAGCUGAUUAUUUAGAUAUAUGA